AUGUCUACUUCAAAGCAUACUCCCACAAAAGCUUAUCCUGUAUCAACCGUUAAUCUUAAGGAGAUUUGCCGAUUGUGCGGCAUAAAUUUCAAGAUUGCUGGUCGUGGUCAUUACAACAUAUUUUCGGGAUUUAAGCAUGAUUUACAGCGUCGACUGUCAAGAUUGCUGAAACGCGAUGUUGUUCAAGAGAACCAUUUGUCUUCUAUGGUGUGUCAAGGAUGUUUUCGAAAGAUUCAAAAAUUCGAAAAGUUCCAGAAAGAGCUGGAUGAUUUUGUUACGGCUUAUUCCGAAAACGAAAGUAUUCGAGUUCGCGAGAAGAGGUGUCGACAAUCGCCAGCUUUGGGAGUUGGUUCGAAUGGAACAACAAAGAGAUUAUGUACUACAUCCUCGCCGUUAAAUAAUAUAAACAACAAGUUGGAAUCAACAUGUAGAUCGCCAGCAAGGAGGUCUCUCCUCAGUGCCGUAGCAAGCUCGAUAAUUGGGGGGGCUGAUAUGCAUAUAUUCGUGUUCACAGACCAUAAAAACAAUCGAUUUCAAAAGAAAUUAAUAACGCAGAACACGAAUAUAUGAAUAUCAGCCCCCCCAAUUAUCGAGCUUGCUACGGCACUGCUCCUGCCUGUGCUUGCAAAUAACAUUACUGCUGGUCAUUUGAAAGAAAUGAGCGGAACAGUUUCAGCCGACAAUCGUCUUCAAAAUGAGCAAGAAAAUCCCACAACGAAAGUUGAGGUAGAAUAGUAGCAUUUGAUCUGUUGAUAAGUUUAUACCAGUAUGAUUUAUAGGAAUUUUAGUUAUUAAAACAUAUUGUAUAUAGGCAUGUUCGUAAUAAAAGUCACGUUUUUCCUUGCAGGUUUUCAUACAAUGGCCAAAUCUCUUAAAGAAAAAAAUAAUCCACGACUUGAGAAUCAAACAAAUAAUUGUUAACUUAACAGUUGCCAAACAUUCUACAGCAAUAAACGCCAUCUGGAAAAGGGAGGAGUUUAGAGAAAUACUUCUAAAGAAAUUUCAAGAGGAAAUUAAUAAGGAAACAGUUGAGAUAUGUAAAACAACUACGCCUUCCCUGUUAAGGAAAAUUUCCCCGGAUGACUUGCAGACAUUUUCAGCGCAAAGGCAUGAACUAGAGUUGCAAGAGAGAUGUCCAAUAUUGUAUCGUUGUCUCAGGUCGUGUGCUGUCUCCCCUGAGAAAGAGAAAUUGUUGAAAGAGGGAAAUGUAAAGAUAAGUAAAAGGCCUCAUCAAGCUCUGUCUGUAGCCUCUUCCGUAUUGCUGAAGCACAGAAAUCAACAAAUGUCUGCUCAGGCAUACCGAACUGGGGUAAUGUUAUGGAAUGGAGGUACCAAAACGGAGGUAAUAUGUAUUAAUUCAAAAACAAAGCCCCAACAUUGUUGUAAUAUAUUAAGUCUCAGUAUACGUGUUGCCGUCAUGCCAUGCAUUGCUUUGGUCAAUCGAAUUAUUUGGGCAAAAAUUUGCAUUCCUAUCGUGACAUUCCAUAACGAUUUUAUAUGUAAUUGUAAAAUGUUGUUGUUUUUCCCUAACAGACCUUGGCUCUGAUAUAAUAUUCUUCCAACAAGACAACCUUCCAUAAUUUAUAGCCUAUAGGGCAACGACAGACUUUCAGAUUUUACUCAGAAGGGGGGGAGGCCAAAAAUUGGGUGGGGGGCAAGCAUUUAGUGGGAUAGAACAAUGGAUUGUGUAGCACUGCUAAACAAUCUGCAGCAGGGGUCUGAGAGCACAGUUGCUAAUGUGGUAAAGGGGGGAGGGGACAUACAAGAGAUUUUUGGUCUUAUUUGGUUCAAAUCCUUUGUUUUUAUAGUCUAAUACUUCAAAAUUGUAAUAUUUCAUUUACUCUAUACUGUCAUUUAAUCCAAUGAGCAGUUAAAUUUAUGGGGUGUGCAAAUUUCUGUAGGUGGUGUGGAAAAGUUUUUUUUUGGGGGGGUUGCAAAGUGUUUAUGGGGGGGGGUGUUCCCCCCUGGAAAAUCUGUCUAUGCUAAAGGCAACCACAUCUUAUUACUUCAGUUACAUUUAAUCUCUUUAUAUAUAGUGCCAUGAUAGAAUGCACAAAUUGGGAUUGGCUAUGUCUCAUAAGAGUGUACUAACAAAGAUUGACAGCAUGUGUAAAGGUCAUGACAAACGUGUUCUACAAUGGAAAAGAGAGACAGAAGAUUGUGGAAAGAAACAACACAUGGCAAACAUAGUACAGAAGGCAAUUCAUUCCUUGGAACAACAAACUGGAUCUGUAGAUUUUGCUUACUUAAAGUCUGUUGUGGAGGUUAUGUGUGGGAAAGUAUUUGAUAACAAUCUAUUUGAAGAAUUGUUACAGAAUACAUCAAAAUAUGCACAGAGUCUGCAUGUUACAUACAGUGUGGCAAUUUCCAAAUUGAUAGAUGAUAUGUCUCCCAUAUCAUUGUACCAAAUAAUUGGUGAUAACGUUGACAUAUUUGUAAAAGCAAAACAUAUAGGUUCACAACAUCAAAACAAGAGUAUUCAUUGGUUCAACCUAAAUGUUGUGAGAGAACGUGUUAAUGGCUCACAUCUUUGUAACAGCAAGCCACUGCGACCCAUUAAGGAUGUCAGCAAUACAGAAUUUCUACCUUCUGCUGAUGACAGUGACAAAUUACUUGAUGAAUUUGUUGUCUUGUGUGAAAGAGUACUUGUUGGUAACAUGCCUGCUUUCAGACCAUUCAAGAAAUUUGUGGUUAAGCAUAUUCCACAUGAAUAUAAUGAAAUGAUGAAAACAAAAUCAGAAGAGGUAUUUUAAUUAAACAUUUUUUAUUGCAUCACUCAAAAGUAUGUUUAGACAUUGAUUGUAAAAUAACAAAAUAACAGUUAUUUUACUCACUACAACAAACGUUUGUUUUAGUUCAAAAUUAGCUUAAACUUACCACAAUGUUUAUGCAAACUAAUAAAUUGCCAAUUGCAUUGUAUUUCGUUGAAAGCAAUAUAUGGACACAGAUCCCCAUAUGCACUUUAAUUAUUUUGUAGAACCCGCUUGGCUUGUUGUUCAAGAACGAAAACUGUACAGAUCAAAUGAUAGACAUUUUGGAUCAUAUACAGUCAAGUUAUGUUCCAGUUCAGCCUAAUGUUGAUGUUGAUGAUGAUGAUGAUGAUGAUGAUGAUGAUCCUCACAAUAAUCCUGUCACUAUUCAAGAUCGAAUAUUUUUUGGAGGGGAUCAAUUAACAGAGGAAAGAAGUCGCAAUGCAAAACUAGCCCGGAGUGAUGGAGAUAAUGGCAUUGAGAGACUGGAAGGUAUAAUGCCCAAAGUUGAAGAUUGGCAUGCUUCGAGAUUGAUAUAUCAGGUUUGUUUAUUAUAUCAAUAUAUAUGUGGCCACAUGCACUUUACUUUAUUAUUUUGCUCUGUCUAACGCCAGACAAUUUUACUGAUCAUGAAGGCGAGAGUCUUGGAUUUUAAUUGGUUAAUUAAUAGUUGUAAAUGCAAUACAAUUUCUUCAUGUUCUUGUGGGACACCUCAUACUAUAUCCGAUACAAUGUGGCCACUUGUAUUGUAAGUAUUACUUAAUUAAAAUAUGCAUAUAAUUCUGCACAAGUGGGAUAUAAGGUAUUUGUAUUUUAACCCAUUAAGCGCCAGCGCUCUCCCCUUGACGAGUAAAAUCGUCUGGCGUUAAACAGAGUAAAAUACUAAAAGUAGGGUGCAUCGGGGUGCAAUGUGACUCAAUGGGUUAAAAUUUAAUUAACCCAUUGAGAGUUGCAGCCUCUCCCCUAGGCUGAGUAAAAUAUGAAAGUAAGGUGCAUCAGGGCACAUUGCAACUUAAUUCCAGCUUUUAAUUUAUGCAUGCAGGAGGUGACAGGAAGUAAGGUAUCAGUUUGAUAAUUUUGCUAAAAAAGUUAAGUAAAAACUGCUGAAACGACUGAAAUAUUUCAACAAUUUACAAGUAUAAGCUAUCACUCUGUGUUUUUAAAAGGCCACCAUUCUUAUUUUUUUAGCAUAAUCAGCAAUACGAUACCUUACUCCCCCCCCUGCAUGCACAAUUAAAAGCUGUAAUUGCCUGUUGUAAUUUAAUUCUUUUCUAAUCAUAAUAUUGUUCUUGACAUAUUAGAUCCUGUAUGACAUACUGUAUAAAGGGAACUCAUCUGUUGAUGUGGCUACAAUGUGUUCCAACAUGAAUGUUGUCAACAACAGCAACGCUAGAACUACUAAUGUGCUUGACAAUUUAAAUCAAUGUAAAAAUUUUAUUAACAUGGAAACCGAUGCCAUUAUAACUGCUUGUGCUAUGACAUAUUUUGGCAUAAGCUCUCUUGAUAUGCCAGUUGAUGAGGUCAUCCCCCCACACAUAUUGAAUGGCAGUGAUGAUGAAAAGCGGUUAUGGUAUCAUAGGCAUGUGAAAAGUAUGGUAUUAAAGUAUGUAAUGAACAAAGAGUCUGAAAUAUUUCAUAGUAUGGUAGAAGGAGUGCAGCAGCAUAAUCAACCCAAGUCCAGAGAUAUUUACAAUUGCAGAGUUUGCAACAAGGAAUAUCGCUACAAGAAAGCAAUGGAAAAUCAUGAAACAAAGAAGCAUGACUAUGUUCACAAAGACGAGUCUUCAACUGAUACGAGUGAAGAAACUGAAAAGAAUAAAAGUACUGACAAGUCUGAUUACAUAUAUAACUAUGCAUGUGUUAGACUUAGCAUGGGGUUUGUACGGAAUUUUGAUGAUGCAGUAAGAGAAGGGGAUGGACAACGGAUUAUUAAGUGCUGGAAAUACAUGACAUUGCUGUUCAAAGCAUAUAAUCACAAUAAGUAUGCAUUUGCAGGUUUACAGCUACAAGCUAACAUAUAUGCACUCUGUACACCGCAAGAAGCACAUCGUCUCAUGUGGAACAGAACUGUUAAUGUAAAAGGACAAAAGGGAAAGAAUAUAUCCCUUGAUCUCAGGCUAGAGCAUCUAAAUCACAUACUCAAGGAGAUGUUGAGAAACCUCGGUCCUAACCUUAACGAAGUUACUGCAGCACGUGCCAGUCAUUCACUUGUGCGUAUUGAGAAGUUUCUUCAGUCCGUAGAUGAGGAAGUAGGCAGACAUCAGCCAUCAGGUCAUCAUGUAAUUGCGAAGUGGGAGUCUGACUUUAAAGAACUUGUCAACCAGUUCCACAUAAAAGGUGAAGUGUUCUGUUUCACAGAAGGCAGGGAGUAUGACAAGUUUCCCAAGUUUGAUCGCAAUGUACUACAUAAUAUAAAUUUCAAAAACCUAAAUGACUGGAUGAAUGAACACAAAAGGAAGCUUGGUGAUGCUAAAAAAUAA